AUGGACUAUUUGUUGCGGGUCUUUUUUGUUGCAGCUACCUUAUUCGUUUUUUCUGAUAAAUUAUAUCUUCCAUUUAAUACUGGUUUCGGUUACGUCCUUGAGGUAUUUGUGCGAGUACCAUGUUUAUCCGAUGAAUGUUUGUUGUCGGAUGAACAGAGAUGGACACAUUGGCUAAUUGAUUUCGAUGAACGAUCAUCAACUAUCUUAGACAAACUUUAUAAAUAUUUAAAAGCUAAUCAAUUACAAUCAGUCAAUUAUUUUUCAGUAGAUGAACAAUAUCAUGUUACACCAUUACUUUUUGGUCGUAUUGGUUCGAUGAUAGUGAAUGAUGUCGGUAUCGGAUGUGUGAAACUCAAUGUAAAAAAUACAAAUUUAUUUCUCUCAUUAACCAUGAUGCAACAAACAUACGAUCAAUUGAAAUUAAUAUUAGACCGUGAUCAUCUAAUUAAAGUGGGAUGGUAUAAUGUGUACAUGUACACACCAUUACAGAUUCAUCUACCACCUUACAUAGCUAAAAUACCGCGAUUUGCUCAUCUUGGCACAAAUUCCAUAACAGUAUUUAAUGCCAAUAUUGUCACGUAUUCUCGAACAUUAUUAAUUAUACCCAUUGCUUGGCUUCUCAAAUAUGAUCAUAAUAUAUGGGCAUGUUUAUUGAUACUCUUACACGAUUUGCUCGAUCAUGUUGAUGAUAUUGUGGCUAAAACACAAACACGAAUCUAUGGUGAAAUUGAUGAUCCACUAUUGAAUGGUUUCAUGCACACAUUUUGUGAUAAAAUUGUUAGUAUAUUCUGUUUAUGGACAAUAUUGCUAGAAACAAAUUUUUCACAAACAUCUUAUUUCCAAACAAUGGUAGUUAUAUGUUUAUGCUGCACGAUCAUUGGAGUUGAAAUAGUAACUGGUAUUGUCCGUGUUCAAGAGUAUUUUCAUGCAUCACUAAGUGGACAUCAGCAGCUGUCAGGAACAGAUACAACAGCAGCAGCGAUGGAAGGAAAAUUAAAGAAGAAACUAGAAUCAAUGGGAUUAGCUUUCCUAUGCUUAUCAACAGGAUAUGCAACGCCAUUCAAUCAUUGGUCUGGCAUUAUGGGUGUCAUUUGCUGUUCGUUAACAGUUCGAUUCGCUUAUGUUAGUCUAACAGAAAAACUUCGUGCAAGAGAGAAAAUCAUUAGUAUUAUUAAUGCAACAAAAUCGAGUUCAGAAUCGACGGCAAGUGGUAGAGUAAUGACAUUAGAUUCGAUAUUAGGAGAGUCAAAAAUUAAAGCAAAAUCCCUGAGCAAUAGUGCAAACAAUAGUAGUAAAAAUGCUAUUCUCAAUGAAAAAUCUUUAGAAAAUCAUCCGGUCAAUCAUUCAGCAACAACUAUGCGACAAAUAAAAGAGAAAGACGAAGAAAUGAGAGAACUUGCAGUGACCCGAAAUGCAUCGCUGCCAAUAAUUUGGAUCGAUGGACGAGCUGAUAAAGUAUAUACAAUUGGUUGUUUUGAUUUAUUUCAUGAAGGACAUCGAUUACUAUUGUUACGUAUGAGACAAUUUGGUCGAGAAGUCAUUGUUGGCGUUCAUGAUAGUCAUAGUAUACACAAGCUGAAAAAACGUGUACCCGUUGACGGUACUGACCAACGAAUGUUAAAUGUUAAACAGCAUGCUGAUCAAGUUUAUUGUAUAGCAGGAACAGAUCCCAGUGCAUUCGUGAAGUGCAUUGUCCAUUUGAAAGAAAACGAAUCGGCCUUGUAUAUACGUGGUGACGAUAUGGCUGAUUUUCCAUCGAGACAUGUUGUAGAAGGAUUGAUGCCCGUGAAAUUUUUGCCUUAUACAGCUGGUAUAUCAAGUACAAAGCUAAGACAGGAACGUUAUUCGCAUAUACGCUCAGACGACCUUGAACAUUUGGAAAGGAUCAAUUAA